CAGCGAUUGAGCAGGGCGGAAGACACACCUGUGUAAAAAGCAGGUGAGCAGGGAGUUUGGAUACGACGGACUAAAAGGAUUUUAAUUGAGUGUCAGCAGCAGCACUAAAGGUGAAUUGCAAAGCUCUUGUCCGAAAAUGGAAUUUGAUAAUAUAAGGUCUUCAGCCGCACUCAUUUAUGAUGAGUUCAUCCAAAAUGCAGACUCGCGGACGGGGAACUGGCUGCUUAUGUCGUCUCCUCUCCCCCAAACGAUCAUCAUUGCAGCGUACAUUUACUUCGUCACGUCGCUGGGGCCUCGGAUAAUGGAGAACCGCAAAGCUUUUGACCUCAAAGGAGUUCUCAUUGUCUACAACUUCAGCGUGGUUGCUCUCUCACUCUACAUGUGCUAUGAGUUUGUGAUGUCGGGAUGGGGCACAGGAUACUCUUUUCACUGUGACCUGGUUGACUACUCUGACUCACCACAGGCCAUGAGGAUGGCGUCAACAUGCUGGCUUUACUACUUCUCAAAGUUCAUUGAGAUGUUGGACACAAUCUUCUUUGUCCUGAGGAAGAAGAACAGCCAGGUGACAUUUCUUCAUGUCUACCAUCACUCCAUCAUGCCCUUCACCUGGUGGUUUGGAGUUCGUUUUGCUCCAGGUGGUCUGGGGACAUUCCAUGCCCUGCUCAACUGUGUCGUCCAUGUUAUCAUGUACACGUACUAUGGCCUGACUGCUAUGGGCCCCAAAUACCAGAAGUACCUGUGGUGGAAGAAAUAUCUCACUACCAUUCAGCUGAUCCAGUUUGUUAUGGUGACUAGCCACAUCUCCCAGUAUUUCUUCAUGAAGGACUGCCCCUACCAGUUUCCCAUCUUUAUCUACAUCAUCGGCCUGUACGGCCUGAUUUUCCUGUUCCUCUUCCUCAACUUCUGGUACCACGCCUACACCAAGGGCAAGAGGCUGCCUAAAGUGCUGCAGGCUCAGACGUGGGCACACCACACCAACGGAGUUAUGAAUGGAAACGCCAGUCACGAAAAAGAUGAGUGACGCAUGACUGAGCUGAUCGAGGGUUUCAGGGUUGACCUCAUUUACGUAAGAAAACCACUGUGGUAGUCUUAAGAUUCAACUCCAAUUUAUAUGGACUUUUUUUUUUUUUUUUUUUUUUUAUAAUACUUUUCUACUUGCAACUGCAAAAGACAAUCUGUAAAUUAUCACCAAAGGUAUACUUAAGACCUAAGCUGUAAACUGGAGGGUUUUGUUAUCUUCAUUUACACUGAAGGCAAAGCUCAAGUUCUGCUAUAGAAAUACCUAAAUGUCCCUCUCUUUUCUGCUCGUUUAAAAAAAAAAAAAAAUUCAAGAAGUCGACUCCUACUAUUUA